GUGAAGGCCAACAUAUGUGUAAUGCACAACGCAUUCUUCCUACCCGCUACACCCAUCUUUGCCUACCUCAUCACUUUUCACACUUCUCGCUUCAUUCCUGCCUCAUGGCGCCCCGCCAUCUUCGUCUCCCUGUUACUUACACUCGAAUCCAUCCUCUAUGGUGCAAAUAUCUCGGUUGAGGAUGCCCGCUUCAUCCACCCCUCCCUAGACAUCAUCGCCUGGCUCCCCUACGGCGUAGGCCACUUCACAAUCCCCUUCGUCGUCGCCGCCUUCCUCUGGCUCUUCCGCACGAAACAAGCACUCCACUUCUGGGCCCGCGCAUUCGGGUACAUGAACAUGGUCGGCGUCAUCAUCCAAAUCCUCCUCCCAUGCUCCGCACCAUGGUAUGAGCUCAUCCACGGCCUCACUCCAGCAAACUACUCCAUGAAAGGAUCCCCAGGCGGUCUAUCCCGCAUCGACGCCCUCUUCCACUCCCACGCAUACACCGUCACUUUCACAAACGCGCCCAUCCCCUUCGGCGCGUUCCCCUCAUUACAUGCAGGUUGUGCGACCAUCGAAGCCCUCUGCUUAUCCCACUUUUUCCCGGCCACUACAAAAUACGUAUGGGCGUACACGGGCGUGUUAUAUUGGGCUACGAUGUACCUAUCACAUCACUACCUCAUCGACGUCGUAGGCGGCGCGUGCCUCGCCACUGCCUUCUUCUAUCUAUUCCUCCCAGAC